GGAAAUCAUCCAGAUGGCGACAUGUCCUGGACAACAUUCAGGAGUCCACGUGCUUUUAGCGUGGAUCAUUCAGGCCUAUUGAAUCCUUCAUUUAAGUGAAAAAUGUUGAUUGAACCAGUGUUAACGAAUCUCUCGCCAGAUUUUGGAAAGCCUCCAGAGGAGCAAAAUCCACUACUUCGACGUCUGGGAGAGCCUCACCUGGACUCUUUUAAUUAUAUGUUAGAGCGGGGUUUGACAGAUUGUUUGAAAGAAAUUGUUCCGGUGCAUCUUCUUCUUGCGAAUAAUGACAAGGUCUUACUCUGGGUGGAGGACGCAGUGAUAUACCCCCCGAGCAUUCCCACAACGACAGUUGGUGUUAAGAAUCCCAGAAUUUUACCUACGGAAUGCAGACAGAGAGGUGCUACUUACAAGGGAAAAUUAAUGAUCAAGGUAGGAUGGUCAAUAAAUGGAAGACAACAGGAGAGUCUCGAUAAAGAGUUGGGGGAUAUUCCCAUAAUGGUGAAGUCUCAGCGUUGUCACUUGAACAAACUCAAUCCAGCUGGGCUAGUAUCCAAAGGAGAGCAUGAGCAGGAAUGGGGUGGUUACUUCGUCAUCAAGGGACACGAGAGACUCAUCAGGAUGUUGUUGAUGACUCGGAGAAAUUAUCCCAUUUCUAUUAAAAGAUCAGGCUGGAAGUCGAGGGGAACUCUUUUCAGUGAUCUGGGUAUUCUCCUUCGAUCUGUGAGAGACGACAACACAGCAGCCAACAAUACCCUCCAUUACGUAACCGAUGGAACAGCAAAAUUGAUGUUUACACACAAAAAAAUUCUCUACUACGUACCCAUAAUUCUCAUGCUCAAGUCCUUGAUCGAUGUGUCUGAUAAAUACAUCUACGAUGCACUAAUCGCAGGCUGUGAAAACGAUUUGUAUUAUAAAGGAUGUAUUCUGAACAUGUUGAGAGCGGUUCACGAGGAGAAUCUUCACUCGCACGAUCAGUGUAAACGUUAUAUUGGAAAAAUGUUCAGAGUGAGACUCCUGGAGGUACCAGCAGACACCUCUGAUGCUGGAGUCUGUGAAUUCAUAAUUCAGAGGUGUGUGGUGAUCCAUCUGAACGAUCCUAAGGAUAAAUUCAAUUUGUUAAUCUACAUGACGAAGAAGUUAUUCUCUCUGGCCAAUGGUAAUUGUGCAGUUGAAGGGGCUGACGCGGUGAUGAUGCAGGAGUGCCUCCUGGGGGGACACUUGUAUCUGCAGGUGCUCAAGGAGAAGCUCCAGACGUGGCUGAGUAUCUUGAGAAUGUCCAUUAUGAAACGAGCAAAGACAGUGGGUAAUAAUUUCCGCAUAAGUCCCCAAGAGAUGCUCACAGCAAUGAAGCACACUGGAACCAUUGAGAGUUCGAUGGAGAAUUUUUUGUCCACUGGUAACAUAAAAUCCCAGACGGGACUUGGUUUGAUGCAGCAUUCAGGAUUGACUAUUGUUGCUGAAAAUAUCAAUAGAAUGAGGUAUAUGAGUCACUUCAGGGCCAUUCACAGGGGCUCUUUCUUCCAAGAAAUGAGAACUACUGAGGCCAGACAGCUCCUGCCUGAUGCCUGGGGAUUUAUAUGCCCUGUACACACACCUGAUGGAUCUCCCUGUGGUCUUCUCAAUCACUUGACGAUGAACUGCAUCGUCACGAAGCAUCCUGACGAGAAACUCAGCAGAUCUGCCAUUCCCACUAUUCUUCUGGAACUGGGGAUGACUCCCCUUUCUAUCGCUGAUAAUUACAACAAUUCUUACACAGUCCUGGUGGAUGGCAACGUAAUAGGUCUCAUUGAAGAUGACAUAAUUACGAGAGUAGUCGAUAAACUUCGAUUACUGAAGAUUGAUGGGGAGAAAGUGCCGAAUACAAUGGAGAUCGUGCUCGUACCGAAGAGAGACGUUCCCUCUCAGUACCCAGGACUCUUCAUCUUCACUGGGCCUGCGAGAAUGAUGAGACCAGUUAUAAAUCUAGCAGUCAACAAAAUCGAGCUUAUAGGAACAUUUGAACAGGUCUAUCUAGAAGUUUGUACAGUCCCUGAAGAGCAAAAUCCUCUGACCACCCAUCAGGAGAUAGGAAAAACCGCUUUUCUGAGUAAUCUAGCCUGCCUCAUUCCCAUGCCCGACUGCAACCAGAGUCCCAGGAACAUGUACCAGUGUCAGAUGGGUAAGCAAACAAUGGGAACACCCUGUCACACGUGGCAUCUCCAAGCCGAAACGAAAUUGUACAGACUCCAGACACCUACGACUCCUCUCUUCAGACCAGUCCAUCACGACAAUAUAAGUUUAGAUGAUUUUGCCAUGGGUACAAACGCAAUAGUCGCUGUUAUUUCCUACACUGGCUAUGACAUGGAGGACGCUAUGAUCAUAAAUAAAUCGGCUUACGAGCGAGGAUUUGCCCACGGAAUGAUUUACAAAUCUGAAUUCGUGGAUCUGCCCGAUGCGAAUAGCUAUUUUGUCAGGCAGCCAGAUCAGCAAAAAUUGUGCGAAAAAUUGGAUGCCGAUGGUCUGCCUAAUGCAGGUUGUCAAAUACAAUUAGGAGAUCCUUAUUACUGCUACUAUGACGGACAACAGGGAAAGCACGUGGUUGGAAAGUACAAAGGAAAAGAGGACGUCGUUGUGGAUAACGUACGAUUAUGUGGAACAACUAAUUCUCGUGUACCCAGGAGGGCUUGUAUAACAUUUCGUGUUCCCAGGAAUCCACAGGUGGGUGAUAAAUUCGCCUCUCGAGCCGGUCAAAAAGGUAUUUGCUCGCAGAAAUGGGCCACCGAGGACCUACCGUUCACGGAAUCGGGAUUAAUUCCCGAUAUCGUUUUCAAUCCCCACGGAUUCCCCAGUAGAAUGACCAUUGCUAUGAUGAUUGAAGUGAUGGCAGGUAAAUCUGCAGCUGUUCAUGGACUGGUCCACGAUGCCACACCAUUCAGAUUCAACGAGGACGAUACAGCUGUCGAGUAUUUCGGCAAAUUGCUGGAACUCGGUGGUUACAAUUAUUAUGGAACAGAGAAAAUGUACAAUGGAAUUGACGGACGAGAGAUGACUUGUGAGAUAUUCUUCGGAGUGGUUCACUACCAGAGGCUCCGCCACAUGGUGUCUGAUAAGUGGCAGGUGAGGAGCACUGGAGCCAUUGAUGUCAGGACCAGGCAACCCAUCAAAGGGAGGAGACGAGGUGGUGGUGUUAGAUUUGGAGAAAUGGAGAGGGACUCUCUCAUAUCCCAUGGGUGUGCUUAUCUCCUUCAGGACAGAUUGUUUCAUUGUUCUGAUAAAACAUCAGCUACUAUUUGUCGAAAAUGUGGUACACUAGCAGGACCAGUAAUCGAGCUCGUGAGGAGCACCAAAUCCGCACUGGGAAGCAGAAGACGAUGCAAUCUCUGUAAAGAUGAUGAGGGUCUCGGUGAAAUUGAUAUCCCAUAUAUUUUCAAAUAUCUGGUAAGUCAGCUCGUCUCUUGUAAUAUCACGAUAAAAAUGACCUUCGACGAGACGUAAGAAUUAUUUCAAAUUAAUGUGGAAUACGGUUUUUUUAUGAAUAAAUAAAUACAUCUGGA